UUCACAUCGAGUAGAACGAGUAUCUUUCAAAAAAAUUAUCAGAAACUGAAUUCUUUAUAGUGUUAUUGUUUAAUAAGUACUAAAAAAAAAAAGUAGAAGAAAAAAGCAAACAAUUUAAUUAAUGGAGAUCGCUCCCUGUGAUACUGGCCAUUCCUCUGAAUUGCCGUAACGAAAAGUGAUCGCGUUUGGAUUGGACUCGCAUAAGACUAGUGGAAUCGUUUAUCCCGUAAGCUAUCUACGUACCUAUUAAGAAAAAUCUAAAGUAAUUAGGUACUUGCCAAGCUUGAAAUCAAAAUUGCUAUAUCUAUUUCUACGCGGAGAAAUGCUUUCUCUCUCUUAAUUGAGUAAUGUCCACAUUGUACUUCUCGUGUAAACGACUGUUCAUGGAUUUUGUAUGAAGUAUCAAAACGGUUGGAUAUCGUCCAUCGCGGAGAAACUUCGCAAUUCAAGAAGGAGACUCAAGUUUGUAUAUGAUGUGUCACAUAGAGAGGAGAUGGAGAAUUCUGAAGAGCCAACAAGUUUGCAAUCCAUUUGUCAUUUACAUGCUUCGGAGUUAUUUCCAAAGCAUACACAUUUUGAAUGCGAGGAUCAAACACUUAUAGUUCCAUUUACACCUUUGAGUGGGGAAUCUAUUGUAGCACUUGGACGUACAUCGGAUGGAGUGUUGGCUCUUUCUAACUACAGACUCUAUUUACAAUUAAGUCAGGCAUGUUACAAUAUUCCAUUGGGUUUAAUAGAGCAACUAGAAGUUAAAGAAAUUUUUUUCCUACAUAUUGGUUGCAAGGAUGCUCGUUCUCUGAGUUGUGUCUUUGCCACGAAUGAACAUUGUUUGGAGUGGUUUAAACGAUUACAUAAGGUGACUUGUCCACGAAAGAGUAUAGAAGAUAUAUUUGCUUUUGCAUAUUAUGCUUGGUCUAUAGAGGAAGGCAAAGAUAAUUCCAAGUUAGGAAAAAAUAACAUAUCGUACAGUGCUACUUUUAAUUCAGAAGUAGAACGAUUAAAAUUUAAUUUGCAUGGUACAUGGCGCAUAAGUCAGAUUAAUAAAGAUUAUCGGAUGUGUCCAUCCUAUCCACCGUUACUUCUGGUUCCUUCUUGCAUUUCUGAUGAGAUUCCUGCUGUUGUUUGGAGGCAUGUGAAUAAUGGUGCAGUAAUAGCACGAAGUAGUCAACCAGAAGUUGGAUGGCUUGGUUGGCGAAAUUCGGGUGAUGAAGAACUUUUAAAGGCCCUCUCGGAUGCAUGUUCCUACGAUAAAGGUGAAUCAACGAUGGUGGAUUUGUCUAUCACUUACCCCGAUACUGGUGAUGAUAGUGUCACAACAAAUAAUACAAAAAAAGUCUUAAUCGUGGACGCUAGGUCAUAUACAACUGCUGUAGCGAAUAGAGCGCGUGGGGGUGGUUGCGAAUGCCCCGAAUAUUAUCCUAGUUGCGAUAUACAAUUUAUGAAUUUACCAAAUAUUCACUCGAUACGAAAGAGCUUUCAUGCGGUGAGACAGUUGUGCGCGUCGGAUGCGGAUCAACCAAAUUGGCUCAGUCUUUUGGAAGGAACACGAUGGUUACAACAUAUGUCUGGAUUAUUACGUGCUGCUGUGACUGUAGCAUCGGCAAUUGAAAGGGAUGGUCGUCCGGUACUGGUGCAUUGCAGUGAUGGCUGGGAUAGAACACCACAGAUAGUAGCUUUAGCACAGAUUCUUCUUGAUCCUUAUUAUCGGACUAUGGAGGGAUUCCAAGUUUUAUGUGAGAGAGAAUGGUUAGACUUUGGGCAUAAAUUCGCGGAUCGUUGCGGGCAAACGGUUGGUUGCGAAGAUCCAAACGAACGAUGUCCAGUAUUUUUGCAGUGGCUCGACUGUGUACAUCAGUUAAUUCUACAAUUUAAGUGCAGUUUUCAAAUGUCUUCUGCAUACCUCGUGAAACUUGCACAACAUACGUAUUCUCAGCUUUUCGGCACAUUUCUUUGUAAUACGAGACAAGAAAGGUUACAGUUAAGAAUACGAGAACGUACAUUUUCGGUUUGGCGUUUCCUCAACUCCAGUUCAUUCGUAAAUCAUUUAUACUCUCCUUUAAAGAAUCAAGUAUUAUGGCCAAGUUGUAACGUACGUGACCUCGUUUUAUGGUCCGAAGUAUAUUUAGGUUCUAUGGAAUCUCCUCUCGGUAUCAGAGAUGAUAAACAAAGAGUAACAAUGAUAGAUAUCGAGGGUGGUGAGAGUGAUGAACCAGAAGGGCAAAUGACUAAAACUCGUUCGUAUGGCGAUCUUAUGCACACCCCUGAUCAUGCGGCCUAUCUUCAUCGUCGACUAAGUGAUCCAAGCGCUUCAGUGGAAAAGAAAUUUGACUCUUUAACGCUCGAGACAGAAACGGGUGAAAAACCUACAAAACACGCAGAGAAUUGUAAAGAUGAUGAUACAAUAGAGAAGAAUAUAACGGAGAGUUUGGAUAAUACGAAACAUUACACGACAACGACGCAAACUUUGAACGAUUCUCCGGUGAAUCCAUCUGUAGAUAGUUCAACAGACACACUAAUACCCAGCAACGAUUCUUUACUCGGUACAAUCGAUAAAGAAACCAAAACGGAAAAAAAUUCACCACCAGACAUCGUAUCUCCAUGGACCGAGAACAAUGCAACAAGUCGAAUCGGUUGCUCUUGCAGUCAAAAUUACAAACAUAACCACAAUGAAGGUAGUGACGUAAGCGACACCAGCGCACCGCAGAUAUCAAGAACACCUAGUAGCGUUUGUCCAGCUUCACCAAUUUAUCAAGAUACGGUACCAGAUAAUCCUGAAAGAUUGGAUGAUGUCGAUGGUCUUCCUUUUAUACAUUGUGACGUUCAGAUGCGUGUGCAACAGAUUAUCGUGGAACAUAAGUUGAAGGAAGAAGCUUUAAGGAAGGAAUUACAUACGACGAGAAUGGCUCUGAUCAAGCAAGUUUGUAAUCAUAAUGCAGAGAUCGAUCGCGUUGAUGAUAUCGGAUCGUUACCCGAUUCAGUUGGAAGUACUGGCGAUCACGGAGAAUCAUUACCUUCGGACAUGUCAUGGGAAGCGGUGGAGGAAUUAGGUCCUGCUCCUACUCUUUGGGUACCCGAUCACGCGGUGAGUCGAUGCAUGGGAUGUGAUACGGAAUUCUGGCUGGGUCGGCGUAAGCAUCAUUGCAGAUGCUGCGGUAAAAUCUUCUGCGCGGAUUGUUCCGAGAAUUCGACACCACUACCUAGCGAGCAACUAUACAAUCCUGUUAGAGUUUGUAGCGAGUGUUUUUCACGACUUCACCGGCACACGAGUCCUUGUCGGUGUAAUGCUCGUUAUCAGAGCAAAGGAGAAAAUGACGCGGAGAUCUCGUCAAAUUCUGAAAGUUUGACCACUUGUCAAAGAUCGAAAGGUUUGAACCUGACGAAAGACACUUGCUGCGAUAACUUAUUGCAGGUUGUGCAUCAGAAAGCACAACCUCCAGUUACAGCAGCUACGGUAAAUUGAAAACUCUCGUGCGAGCGAUGGAGCUCGACGAGAAAUGUUCGUAGCAUUCGGGUUUCUGUUUGGCUUUCGACGAUGCGAGAAGUGUAUCCUUAACAUGAUAAGUCAGCUGCGAUACGCGUUCACGCGUUUAUCAUCUACAUCUGUACGAUGUGUACUACGACUAGAUGUAUAUGUCGCGUGCGAGCCGGUAGCCAUCAACACAGUUAGAUACUUGGAGCGAUCCAAUAUUUAUUGCUAGAGUAAUUAUUUGUACGAGAAAGAAUGUAUAGUGCAUCGGACAAAGUGAGAAAAGAUGAGAUGGUAUACGAGAGGUAUAUACCUCCUACGUAUACAAAGGAGUAUAAGUUGAUUCAACGAGGAGAUACCUGGCUUCUUCGAACGAGACUAUUCAAGUUUCCCCGUUUUUAGGUGACCUUAUUCCCUUUUCAAAGAUACAGCAAGAUGAGGUCGAGGAAUAUUUUGGAUAGGCUGUGACUGACGUCUAGUUCUAGACACCAUAUGAGGUGCGCUCUUAAUUAAACAUUGAUCUAUCGGUCGAUGAAACAAUUCGUUAUUAUUAGUAGUUGGAUUACGAUACGAGUAACCUGUAUUUGUAUAUUAUCGCUGUUUACGAGAAUUGGUAUAUUAAAUGUCAUUAUCGUAAUGUGCGAUUGUCUCUCUGUCACUCUCACUUUCUCUUCCUCUCUUGCUCGUGAGCAUGCCUGCUCUAUUUAUUGUUUUUCAUACAGUGAUCUUCAAUCCCACAAAAUUCUAACGUGAUUAUACGUUUUUUAACGUCUGUGUUGCGUUUAUUAUGUUAUCAAAAUUUUUCUUCGUAUCAUCAGCAUUUUGGAAUUGUAUCAGAAUAACGAGAUAUG